CCCAGUUUUUCUUUUUCCAUUUCUCUUUCUCUAGAAUUUCUUCUGGAGGGAGAAGAAAAAAAAGGAAAGAACUUAGAAAAUUGUUUCCAUUUUUAUGAUGUUGAAUGUUCAUCAAUCUUUCUAGAAGGAUCUUCCCUCCCACCCUCUCCUCAAUUCAAAUAUCAUAUCUUUCUUCCUUUGAUUUCCUUUCCAUCGGGAAAAAGAGAAAAAAAUCCCAUUUUUAUGCUGUUUUUCUUUGUCCAUAAUCCUAGAUCUAUACAACCCAAUUCUUGUUUUCACCAGAUUAAUCCAAAUUCUCUUCUAUGUGUCUUUAGUUUCUUCUUUUUCCUUGUAAAGUUUCAAUCUUGUUGUUCUUAUAAAUCAUUAUAUUAUAUGCACUACUUGUUAUGCUAACUGUAGAAGAAAGUUCCAUUUUCUGUUCAUCAAAUCAAAUCCCAGAAUUUUCCCUGUUUUCAUGUAAUGGGUUGUGCAAGUUCCAGGCAAAAACGAUGCUGGCACUGUCGGGCACCAUAUUCGCCUGUCCCAAGGAGUUACACGAUGCACGUCCAUCAUCCUGCACAACACCAAGGCGACAGCUACCAUGUGGUGGCAUUAACAUCCACCACAUUAGGCAAUCUCAAGGUAGAAGAAUCAAACCACCAAAGCAAUGGCAAUAGCUUCAAUGGAAAUGUUGUUGAAAGCAAGGAAAAAAGCAAGCUUGAAGCCCAAGUCUGGUCCAAAUUGAUUGAGAAUAAGCUCCCAAAAAUUGUCCCCAAAACUCCCAUAAGAACUCCCCCUGGGGAGCCUGAAACAAUCAACACUUGGGAACUAAUGGCCGGCCUUGAAGAUUCGAGCCCUCGUCCUCCAACUCAUUUCAAGAGCUUUUCAGCUAAUGAAAAUAGCUUUGUGUGUUCAAAGCCUUUGUGGGCUCAAUUUGAAGAAGAAGAUGAGCAAUCAGAUUCAGUGAUGAUCACAGAUUUUGAUCCAGAAAUCAUUUCUAGCUUUAGGAAUACACUUGAACAGCUUCCUUCUAGUAACCCUUGUACCAUCGAAAAGGUUCAAUGUAAGCUUAAUAAGGAUAAGGUCAUUUUGUAUUUCACAAGUUUAAGAGGUGUAAGGAAGACAUACGAGGAUUGCUGUAACGUUAGGUUGAUCCUCAAGGGCUUAGGGGUUCGUAUCGACGAGCGAGACUUGUCAAUGCAUUCGGGGUUUAAAGACGAACUGAGAGAGCUCUUGGGAGAAGGGUUUAAAGGCGGAUUAACGAGGGUGUUUGUAGGGAAGAGAUACAUUGGAGGAGCCGAAGAAAUAAAGCAAAUGCACGAAGAAGGUUCCCUAGGGGAGGCCAUUGCAGGGUGUGAAAUGGUGGAUGAUGACGAUGAUGUUGGUGCUUGUGAGACUUGUGGAGAUAUCGGAUUCGUGCCGUGCGAGACUUGCUCCGGAAGCUGCAAAGUCUAUUACGAUGAAGAUGAGGGUGAGUAUGGAUUCCAACGAUGCCCCGAUUGCAACGAAAACGGACUUAUCCGAUGUCCGGUCUGUUGCGAUUAAAUCCCCAUCACGAAUACGAUCAAUUACGAUGAGUAUCGAAUUCAUAAAAAAAGUAUGGAAUUUUUUUCCUAUGUGUUUAUUUAUUUUCAUUUGGUUUGUGAGAUGUGUUUCAAUUUGUACAGUGAGAGUGAGGAGUUUGAAGAAGAUAAAAAGUAUUUGUAAUAAGCAG